UGCCACGCUGGCCUCCAUUAGUCAGGAGAUGCAGGUCCCACAUGCAUGCCGAGCCCACACUGUACUAUACCUCCUCUGGUGCCACGCUGGCCUCCAUUACAGUCAGGAGAUGCAGGUCCCACAUGCAUGCCGAGCCCACACUGUACUAUACCUCCUCUGGUGCCACGCUGGCCUCCAUUACAGUCAGGAGAUGCAGGUCCCACAUGCAUGCCGAGCCCACACUGUACUAUACCUCCUCUGGUGCCACGCUGGCCUCCAUUACAGUCAGGAGAUGCAGGUCCCACAUGCAUGCUGAGCCCACACUGUACUAUACCUCCUCUGGUGCCACGCUGGCCUCCAUUACAGUCAGGAGAUGCAGGUCCCACAUGCAUGCCGAGCCCACACUGUACUAUACCUCCUCCGGUGCCACACUGACCUCCAUUACAGUCAGGGGAUCCAGGUCCCACAUGCAUGCCGAGCCCACACUGUACUAUACCUCCUCUGGUGCCACGCUGGCCUCCAUUACAGUCAGGAGAUGCAGGUCCCACAUGCAUGCCGAGCCCACACUGUACUAUACCUCCUCUGGUGCCACGCUGGCCUCCAUUACAGUCAGGGGAUGCAGGUCCCACAUGCAUGCUGAGCCCACACUGUACUAUACCUCCUCUGGUGCCACGCUGGCCUCCAUUACAGUCAGGAGAUGCAGGUCCCACAUGCAUGCCGAGCCCACACUGUACUAUACCUCCUCUGGUGCCACGCUGGCCUCCAUUACAGUCAGGGGAUGCAGGUCCCACAUGCAUGCUGAGCCCACACUGUACUAUACCUCCUCUGGUGCCACGCUGGCCUCCAUUACAGUCAGGAGAUGCAGGUCCCACAUGCAUGCUGAGCCCACACUGUACUAUACCUCCUCCGGUGCCACACUGACCUCCAUUACAGUCAGGGGAUCCAGGUCCCACAUGCAUGCCGAGCCCACACUGUACUAUACCUCCUCUGGUGCCACGCUGGCCUCCAUUACAGUCAGGAGAUGCAGGUCCCACAUGCAUGCCGAGCCCACACUGUACUAUACCUCCUCUGGUGCCACGCUGGCCUCCAUUACAGUCAGGGGAUGCAGGUCCCACAUGCAUGCUGAGCCCACACUGUACUAUACCUCCUCUGGUGCCACGCUGGCCUCCAUUACAGUCAGGAGAUGCAGGUCCCACAUGCAUGCCGAGCCCACACUGUACUAUACCUCCUCUGGUGCCACGCUGGCCUCCAUUACAGUCAGGAGAUGCAGGUCCCACAUGCAUGCCGAGCCCACACUGUACUAUACCUCCUCUGGUGCCACGCUGGCCUCCAUUACAGUCAGGAGAUGCAGGUCCCACAUGCAUGCCGAGCCCACACUGUACUAUACCUCCUCUGGUGCCACGCUGGCCUCCAUUACAGUCAGGGGAUGCAGGUCCCACAUGCAUGCUGAGCCCACACUGUACUAUACCUCCUCUAGUGCAACGCUGGCCUCCAUUACAGUCAGGAGAUGCAGGUCCCACAUGCAUGCCGAGCCCACACUGUACUAUACCUCCUCUGGUGCCACGCUGGCCUCCAUUACAGUCAGGAGAUGCAGGUCCCACAUGCAUGCCGAGCCCACACUGUACUAUACCUCCUCUGGUGCCACGCUGGCCUCCAUUACAGUCAGAGGAUGCAGGUCCCACACUGUACUAUACCUCCUCUGGUGCCACGCUGCAUUCCCUGAAGGUAGUGUCGGUUCUUUGGUCGUUGGCGGACAGGUACAAAUGAUUUUCUACUAAAUGUAUUUGACAGGAAUCUCGCAUGUAUCACGCAGCAUUAGUACGUUUUCUGUAUCGAGUGCGGCACGAUUUCCUGGGGCGUUGUUUGUUUUUGGGUUAUCGCCUGGUUCUCCUCUUCAUCUGAUCUUCUGCAGUCGGCACGUCCCUGGUGACCCAUCCUCAAGCGCAGCAACCGAUGGUGGUUUCCCUAUUCUUCUGGCAAGUCUCUUUCUUUCUGUUCAAGCGGUCCUACCUCUCCGUCAUCUCCUGCAUCAACGCCUUCACAGGGAGCCUGGCACCGGGAUUGUGUGUGCAGAGCUGAGGACAUGGG